AUGUUUGCGCCUGUGAGAAGAAGUCUAGCUCUGGCCGCAAGCCGGGGUGGCCGCCAGGUCCUCCUGUCAGCGAGGAGUCAGCGACCAUUGUCGAUUCCUCGAGUGCGCACCGCCGCCUAUUCCACAACACCACGCCUUCGUCAAGAAGCCUUCCACUCCCAGCUCGAGAACGCUGCCCCUCUUCCCUCCGCCAAGUCUGCCACCCAAACACCACAAACAUUGACCGAAAAGAUCGUCCAGAGAUACUCGGUGGGCCUUGCGCCAGGCAAGACGGUCAAGUCUGGCGACUAUGUGACCCUCGCACCACACCACUGCAUGACGCACGAUAACUCAUGGCCAGUCGCCAUGAAGUUCAUGUCCAUCGGCGCCUCCAAGAUUCAUGACAACAGGCAGGUCGUUAUGACGCUGGAUCACGACGUCCAGAACAAGAGCGAGGCCAACUUGAAAAAGUAUCGUCAGAUCGAGGAGUUUGCUGGCAAGCACGGCGUUGACUUUUAUCCUGCUGGUCGGGGUAUUGGUCACCAGAUCAUGGUGGAGGAGGGCUAUGCGUGGCCAGGAACCGUCACUGUUGCCUCGGACUCCCACAGCAACAUGUAUGGUGGUGUGGGCUGCCUGGGUACACCCAUGGUGCGCACCGAUGCUGCCAGCAUCUGGGCUACAGGGCGAACCUGGUGGCAGAUUCCCCCAAUUGCCAAGGUUACCCUCACUGGCAUUCUCCCACCUGGAGUAACUGGCAAAGAUGUGAUCGUCGCUCUUUGCGGUCUGUUCAACAAUGACGACGUUCUCAACCACGCCAUCGAGUUUACCGGCUCUGAGGAGACCAUGCGUAGCCUUUCCAUCGAUGACCGUCUGGCUAUCGCCAACAUGACCACCGAGUGGGGUGCUCUCAGUGGACUGUUCCCUAUCGACUCUGUCUUGCAGCAAUGGCUCAGAGCCAAGGCGACGACGGCGGCCAUGUUCAACCCCGAGGCCGCCAAGGGCAAGUUCACACACGAGAAGAUUGACGAUUUGAUCAACAACCAGCUCAGAGCCGACCCUGGUGCCACCUAUGCCAAGUCACUCUAUCUCAACCUGUCUACUCUCUCGCCAUUUGUUGCUGGCCCCAACUCCGUCAAGGUUGCUACCCCACUUAAGGACCUCGAGGCCCAGGAUAUCAAGCUGAACAAGGCCUACCUCGUUUCUUGCACCAACUCCCGUGCCUCUGAUAUCGCCGCCGCCGCUAAUGUCUUCAGGGAAGUCGCCAAGGACGGCGUUAUUCCCAAGGUUGCUGAGGGUGUCAAGUUCUACAUUGCUGCUGCUUCUACGCUGGAGCAAGCGGCUGCUGAGGAGGCGGGUGACUGGCAGGUGCUCCUUGCCGCUGGUGCCGAGCCCCUCCCCUCUGGCUGUGGCCCUUGCAUUGGUCUCGGAACUGGUCUGCUCGAGCCCGGUGAGGUCGGUAUCAGCGCCAGCAACCGCAACUUCAAGGGCAGAAUGGGUUCUACCGAUGCCAAGGCCUAUCUUGCCAGCCCCGAAGUCGUUGCUGCCAGCGCCCUCAAGGGCAAGAUUGCUGGUCCAGGCUGGUAUCAGAAGCCAGAGGGUGUCGAGAAGGUCAUCAUUGGCGAGGGUAACGGAGAUGUGGUGCAGGACAAGGCCAUGAGCAUUGAGGAGGCUCUCGACAAGCUGAUCGCUCAGGCCGACAGCAUGAUUGCCAGUGCUGAGAAGGAGUUCUCUGGUGACGAGGCUGCUGCUGCUGAGUCCGCUGCCGAGGCCGAGACCCUCACCGAGAUCCUCCCUGGCUUCCCUGAGAAGAUCGAGGGCGAGAUUGUCUUUUGCGACGCCGACAACAUCAACACUGAUGGUAUCUACCCCGGCAAGUACACCUAUCAAGACAACGUCACCACCGAAAAGAUGGCCGAGGUCUGCAUGGAGAACUACGACAAGGAGUUUGGCCAGGUGGCCAAGGAGGGUGAUAUCCUUGUUUCUGGUUUCAACUUUGGUUGUGGUAGCUCGCGUGAGCAGGCUGCUACUGCUAUCCUGGCCAAGAAGAUUCCGCUUGUGGUCUCAGGCAGCUUUGGUAACAUUUUUAGCAGGAACAGCAUCAACAAUGCGCUGAUGGGCGUUGAGGUACCGAGGCUGGUGCAGAGGUUGAGGGAGACUUUCAAGGCUGAUGGUGAGGGUAACAAGGUGCUUACCCGGAGGACGGGCUGGAAGUUGGUGUGGGAUGUGAGGAGGAGCAAGGUCACUGUCACCGAGGGUGAGGGUGGCCAGCAGUGGAGCCAGAAGGUGGGUGAGCUCCCACCAAAUGUGCAGGAGAUCAUUGCGAGGGGAGGGUUGGAGAAGUGGGUUAAGAGCCAGAUUGAGGCUUGA